AUGGAGAUCCCGUCCUACUGGCCGGAGCCCGUCAUCCCCGUUCAGUUCUUGGCAGAGAGCGGGAUCACGUCGAUCCCCGAAACGUACGUGAAACCGCCUUCAGAAAGGCCCUCAUCCGAUUCGGUCGACAAUGAGAGGGAUACAGGCAUCCCCCUCGUCGACCUCGGGGGCCUGGAACGAAGCCCCACCGAGCGCGACGCUACCAUCCGCCAGAUAGCAGAUGCAUGCAAGGACUGGGGUUUCUUCCAGGUGUCGAACCACGGGGUGGAUCCCUACCUGGUCAAGAGGAUGAGGGACGUCUGGUCGGAGUUCUCCCACCUCCCCGAGGCGGCGAAGCAGGCUUAUGCCAACACCCCCGAGACUUACGAAGGGUACGGCAGGAGCCAUCCUCGACUGGGGCGAUUAUUUCUUCCUCAUCUUCAAACCCGACUCCCUGAAGAACAGAGAAAAGUGGCCAGCUCUACCUCAUACAUGCAAGUAAGUUAAGGUUUGAUUGGAUGGUUGUAAACUUGAACAAUAUACCGAAGUAUCUAGUUUCUCUAACUACUUGUCAAUGUUUCCGCAUAAACGUGCAGAGAAACGAUCGAACAGUACGGACAGACACUGACGAAGCUGUACGAACGCUUAAUGGAGGCACUUUCGACGAGCCUCGGACUAGAGACCCGGCGGCUGCAGGAGGCUUUCGGCGGAAUGGACGGCGUCAGCGUUAACCUACGGGUGAACUUCUAUCCGAGGUGUCCCCAGCCGGACCUCACCCUCGGCCUGUCCGCCCAUUCUGACCCCGGGAUUCUCACCAUCCUCCUCCCCGAUGAACGCGUCAAGGGGCUCCAGAUCUACAAGGAUGGCGCAUGGGUGACCGUCCAUCCUGUCCCUGACACCUUCAUUAUCAACAUAGCAGAUCAGAUACAGGUGUCGCCCUCUCUCCAUCUCUCUCUGUCCCUCUCUCUCUCUCUCUGUCCUUCAUAUAUAUAGAUAUAUAUAUCUUUUUGCGGGGCCGCUUCUUUGUUGUUGAGCUUACUCUUGUUGGUUGUCGGUUUAUUAGAUUCUGACCAACGGGCUAUACAAGAGCUCGGUGCAUAGGGUGGUGGUGAACCCCGCGGAAGAACGCAUCUCCUUCGCCUUCUUCUACAACCCGAGGAUCGAUCUGAUUCUGAGACCUCUGCCCGAGCUCGUGACAGCGGAGCAGCCUCCACUUUACGAAGCCAUGACCUUCGACGAGUAUCGAAAAUAUAUAAGGAUCAAGGGUUUUCGUGGUAAGAGUCAGAUUGAGUCCAUGAAAGCCCUGUAG